ACCAUUGAUGGUGUUAGUUGCGUGAGCAUCGGAAAGACUGCUGUCGACUAUGUUUGAUUACAUCUUACAACGGCACACUACCUAUGGAUACACCUUGUCGGUAUGGAUGGCGCCAGCGAAAUCCUCCAGCCAUGGGACAACGAACGACAUGAGACCAUGUAUGUGUCCGGUAUGUGCCGCCAGAACAGGCCGCCUGCUUCCCUCUCCCACACACGGUUGCUCGGGUCCGGGCCGAAGCACACGAAGCGGAUGGGAUGCGAGCUCCGUUCGGUUCGCCAUCAAAGCGCUGACACACACGCGCGCGCGCAGAGACGAACUCGCAGGCAUCGUGGCAGCAGAGAGAGAGAGAGAGAGAGAGAGAGAGCAUUUCCGCUGGCCAUAGCGGCGUUUGGCUCAGGGCGCAAUGAAACCCUUUUCCCUCUCACGCGAAGCACCGCCUGCCGAUCCCGAUAAACGUUCGUUUCGAAGCGAGCGAGGCGCCUACGACGCCUACGACGCCUAAAACAUACGAUCGAGGGACGACGUCGUCGUCGUUGUCGUCGUUUGUCGUCGCGGAAGGCCGACGUCGGCUCCGCUCGGAGACGCAAGCGCUGAGGAAGCGGUGGCUAUGGUCGCCAGCUUGGUGCGCCUACAACGAUACAAUUUCGGACAAGAUGCGAUCCCCCAAAGUGCGUACAGGCAGGGUGAUACAGCCGCGGACAUCGGCCGCUGCCCGCCGAAAGUCAACAUC